AAGGCGUACUGAGAUGGGAUUGGACAAAGGUUUGUCGCUUUAACGCAUGUGAACUGACCGGCAGGAGCGCAUCCUUUUCAUUUUACGAAAGAUCGUCGUCGCUGUUAUUCAACCUCGUCGUCUUUUCCGAAGUCAUUAACAACAGGUGAGCCAUGCCAUCCGUACCCUCCAGUACAGACAAUGGUGGCCUGGCCCAAAUCUGCCCGCAUGCUGCCAAGAUGAUGCUCCUCGGUGGUGACGUCAAAGCCAAUGGGGAGGCCAUCUUAAACGGCGACGCCAAACUGAAGAUGACCGGAGAGAACGGUCGUCACGUGUCCAAUGGACAUACAAAUGGAGAAGGCAAUGGCAUGGCCCAGGUGCAUGCGGAGCUGGGCGCUGAGGACGAGAAUGGAGAGGAGGGACCAAUGGAAAGGAAGUGGAUCAGGCCGGACCUGCCCAGCAGAUGCUCCUGGAGACUUGGAGGCCCCAACCUAGGCAACCCUCACCACCACGUGGAAAGGGCAAAGCCUCCCAGCAUUCUGCCAAACAUCUUGACGAGAAUUGGAGACACCCCUCUUGUCCGUAUCAAUAAGAUCCCUAAGGCCUUUGGUCUGAAGUGUGAGCUCUUGGCAAAAUGCGAGUACUUCAACGCCGGCGGCAGUGUAAAGGACCGCAUCAGCCUGCGCAUGGUGGAGGAUGCGGAGAGGGAAGGGAUCCUCAAACCUGGAGACACCAUCAUCGAGCCCACCUCCGGCAACACAGGCAUAGGUCUGGCUCUGGCUGCCGCCGUGAAGGGCUACCGCUGCAUCAUUGUCAUGCCGGAGAAGAUGAGCAUGGAGAAGGUGGACGUACUGCGUGCCCUGGGUGCCGAGAUCGUCCGAACACCCACCGCCGCUCGUUUCGACUCCCCGGAGUCUCACGUGGGUGUGGCCUGGCGGCUGAAGAACGAGAUCCCCAAUGCCCACAUCCUGGACCAGUACCGUAACCCCAGCAACCCCCUGGCCCACUACGACACCACCGCUGAGGAGAUCCUGGAGCAGUGUGACGGAAAGGUGGACAUGCUGGUGGCAGGAGCUGGCACCGGUGGCACCAUCACUGGCAUUGCCCGCAAGCUGAAGGAGAGAUGCCCCAACAUCAAGAUUAUUGGUGUGGACCCCGAGGGCUCCAUCUUGGCAGAACCGGAGGAACUGAACGUCACAGAUAAGACCCAGUACGAAGUGGAGGGCAUUGGCUACGACUUCAUCCCAACUGUGUUGGACCGAUCGGUGAUCGAUGGCUGGUACAAAUCGAAUGACGACGAGUCUUUCGCUAUGUCGCGCAUGCUCAUCCGAGAUGAAGGACUCUUGUGUGGGGGCAGUUCUGGGACGGCCAUGGCUGCUGCUGUGAAUGUGGCCAAGGAGCUGAAGGAGGGUCAGCGCUGUGUGGUCAUUCUGCCCGACUCCAUUCGCAAUUACAUGUCCAAAUUCCUGAGUGAUAAGUGGAUGUGUGACAAGGGCUUUCUGAGAUAUGAAGACCUGAUGGUGAAGAAACCUUGGUGGUGGAACCUGACACUGCAGGUGCUACGCCUGUCCGCUCCUCUGACCGUCCUGCCCACCGUCACCUGUCAGAAGACCAUCAAGAUCCUGAAGGAGAAGGCCUUCGACCAGGCCCCAGUGGUGGACGAGACUGGGGUGAUUCAGGGCAUGGUCACUCUGGGGAACAUGCUCUCCUCUGUGCUGGCUGGGAAGGUCAAGCCAUCGGACCCUGUGAGCAAGGUUCUGUACAAGCAGUUUAAACAGGUGCGGCUGACUGAUAACCUGGGCAAACUCUCUCGUAUCCUGGAGACUGAUCACUUCGCCCUGGUGGUGCACGAACAGAUCCAAUCCGUGUCUGCAGCCAGCAGCUCUAGUCCAGUGAGUCCGUCCACCGAGCCCUGCAUGGCAAAUGGGCAGUGUUCAGAGGACAUGACGGAUGGCUCGCCAACGCUCAAGCAGAUGGUGUUCGGGGUCGUGACGGCCAUCGACCUUCUCAACUACGUGACCACGCGGGAGCGGAGGGAGCGGUCCCUGUCUGAGUGCUCCAUGACCAGCAAUGACGAGCAGUGACCACAUGUAUGGACUACUUCUGAUGUUCUGCAUUUGACUAAUCAGACCUUUUCUGCAUUUCCUCUCUUGGUACAUGUCAUAAAUUCUUGCACUAUGACAAGUUCUUUCCAUCAAGCUUGGGAAAAAAUCAGUCGGUACUACCAAAAAAUUACUGUAUUACUGUUUAGUCGAGAAUGUAUAGAAAUAUAUAUGAUUUAUCUGUUUAUUUUGCCUUGCGUCAUAAUAAGGGUUCUUUGGCCAGCAAAAUCUAGCAAUCUCCUUUUGUUGUUGUCCAUAACGUCAGCAUUUUAUUCUUUCAUGAGUACUACAUUGAAAACAGAAUGCACAGUAGAUUUAGUGAACCAAAGCCUAGCACCAGAGCAAGCGCACACAUUAUAAUCCCAUUGGAAAGUGUAUAUAUUUGAUACUUUUGAGACACUUGUCUUUUUGUCUUGGGACUUCCAAAUAUCUAUGAUAUUGUUUAUGAGGCCAUGCGAAAAUGUCAUAGCUCAUACUUCAUUUCAUGAUCAAUGGUGUUAUACUGAAAGAAAAAAAGCCCUACACUUAAUUUCCGACUGGCAUUCAUUCAGGGGUAUGCUGCCACCUGGUGACAGAAAAAGGUAGCACAGUUAUUGGUCAAAUGUGAUUGACAGGGUUGAAGAAUUGGCUCACAAAGUCCUCUAAACGCAAGUACUAAGGUGUGUUUGGCAGACACCAAACAGCUCCCAACCAAGGUGACUUGUGUUGGUUAAUUUCUUUCUUGUAUUGAGACAAGAUCUUUUAAAAAAAAAAUGUUUUAGUUUUGAUGGGUGUAUUUAAAGAGAGUACUUGAGGUUAGGUUUAUACAGACAGAUCUUUUAUAGAGAUCUCCAUGUAUGGAACAGGGUUGUUUUUUUUUUUUUUUUUUUUUGGGGGGGUGGGGUUAUUUUCUUACGCUUACAAUGUAUGGUAUUGACUACAUGUAAAAUGAAUAAAUGUAUCUGAAAUUAGAUUAAAUGUGUCAUUUCUUGAAUUCUAGAGGGUUAAAAUACAGAGUGAUUGAGAAUAAAGAAAUUAAAAAUGAAUGAAUCAUAUGCUUCAGUUUUUCUUCAGUUAUUCUUUUUGUGUUUUUCCCCCAUCUGUUUUGCUUUGUAGUUGAUGCUUAUGUGUACAAACCAAUGUAAGUACCUUAGUUUUGUGUUUUUUGUUUCCCAAUGUCUCAUGUCUUUUGUAAUUGCAUAAGUUUGCUUCAAAUAAAGAUUUUCUCUUCUGAUGCGA